GGUCAGUGAGUAGCCAUGAGGCUAACAGUGUGGCGUUCAGUGCAAUCAGUGGUCAAAAGUCAUAAAAACCGUUCAUUCUCCAGUUCUUACCUACAAAAGCCGCGCCUCAGAGACACCGCAGCUUCCGUAAUCCUCGCCAAAGAUGACUAUCAGACAGACUCACAAUAUUCGGCAGAUCUUGCGGAGUUCCAGGCUGCCUACCCAGACAUCGAGAGAGCCCUUACUGAGAUGAGAGAACGAUACGCUGACACGGAGGCUGCCAACCAAUGGUUCAAGAAGGUUCUACAAUACAACAUGCGUGGAGGCAGUCUUAGUCGAGGCUUAGCUGUGGUACAGUCUUAUCAUAUCUUAGCAGCACCUGAGGACAAUAUAGCAUCCAACACGAAACUGGCACAAGUGAUGGGGUGGUGUUUGGAACUGUUGCACACCAGCCUAGUCCUAACUCAGGACCUGAUAGACCAGGCCCGUGAGAGGCGGGGAAAGCCUUGCUGGUAUCUUCAAAAUCCCCGCCAAGCUCCCGACGGAGCCGCCAGACUGUUGGACUACAGCAUCUACAAACUACUUAAGAAACACUUUCGCAAGAAGGACUACUACAUUGAUGCUCUCGAGCUAUUUCACACAGUUGGUGAGAAGGCAAUGCUUGGGAAGAUAUUGGACAUGGAAACCAGGGGAGACCCGACGCUAAGUAGGUUUGACAUGACGACUUACAACACAGUAUCCAAGUAUAGGAAUGCCUAUCACUCAUUCAAACUGCCCGUGUCACUGGCAUUAUACAUGGCUGGAAUCAGGGACUCAGAAGUUCACAGGCAAGCGAGAACAAUCCAGUUAGAAAUGGGGAAUUUCUACCAAGCCCAAGUAAGUGAAAAGAAAAGGAAAAUGUUCUGA